CUGACUCUAAAUCGAGUUUUGAUGCUCCAAAGACCAAUUAAUUGGGUCGCAAUUUUUUCCUACAUUCUGUUCGUUCGCUCAUUUUCAAAGCGACCCCUCUCUCUCUCUCUCUCUCUCUCUCUCUCUCUCUCUUGAUUUCUCCCUCCUUCCGAAACCCUAGCGAAGUGGAACAUGCUUUGGUAGAUCUAUUUUGCUUAAUUCUUUCGCACAAACGGACAAAGUCGCCAUUGAAUUUGGAGAAGGUAGAGGGAUUUUCGCCAGCAUCCCCACACGUAUACAGAGAGAGAAGACGGAAUGGAUUUGGAUCAAUGGAUAUCGAAGGUCAAAGAAGGCCAACAUCUAACGGAGGACGAGCUUCAGCUUCUCUGCGAAUAUGUAAAAGAAAUCCUCAUUGAGGAAUCAAACGUACAGCCUGUCAACAGUCCCGUCACUGUUUGUGGUGAUAUCCAUGGGCAGUUUCAUGAUCUUAUGAAGCUUUUCCUUACUGGAGGUCAUGUUCCUGAGACAAAUUACAUAUUUAUGGGGGAUUUUGUUGAUAGAGGUUACAACAGCCUCGAAGUUUUUACUAUUCUUUUGCUCCUUAAAGCAAGAUAUCCUGCAAAUAUUACCCUUUUGCGUGGAAAUCAUGAAAGCAGACAGCUAACACAGGUGUAUGGCUUCUAUGACGAAUGUCAAAGGAAGUACGGUAAUGCAAAUGCGUGGCGAUACUGCACUGAUGUUUUUGACUAUCUUACUGUGUCAGCUAUUAUAGAUGGCACUGUUCUGUGUGUUCAUGGUGGUCUUUCCCCAGACGUACGGACAAUUGACCAGAUAAGACUCAUAGAGCGGAAUUGUGAAAUUCCACAUGAAGGACCUUUCUGUGAUCUUAUGUGGAGUGAUCCUGAAGAUAUUGAAACAUGGGCUGUGAGUCCACGUGGAGCUGGUUGGCUUUUCGGAUCCCGAGUUACUUCUGAGUUCAACCACAUCAAUAAUCUUGAUCUAGUUUGCCGGGCACACCAGCUUGUGCAAGAAGGUCUCAAGUACAUGUUCCAAGAUAAAGGCCUAGUAACUGUGUGGUCAGCUCCCAAUUACUGCUAUCGCUGCGGGAAUGUGGCUUCUAUAUUGAGUUUCAACGAGAACAUGGAAAGGGAAGUGAAGUUCUUCACUGAAACAGAAGAGAACAAUCAAAUGAGAGGGCCGAGGACCGGAGUUCCUUAUUUCCUUUGAUCUUUCCAGCCGAAACCCGAUUGAAACAAUUUGCGUUUGAUGAUCGUAUUCCUUUCACGUGUCCUGACGGAUAUGUGGACGUUAAUACCCACUUUGUGCUGUAUGUAAAGACCCCAUCACAUGCUUCUCUCGCUCCUCUUUUUCCACGUAGUCUUUUGAGACUUUAAAUUGGUUUCUGGUUACUACUGAUGAUUAUUCAUAUGAUUCGGUGUCAUUUCUAAACAGGGAGUCUCUUUUUGGAGAGAUUUAGCUUUGUUUUUUUUAUAAUGUAUCUUCAUUUUGUUUUGUUAGGUUCGGAUUUUGUUUAGGUUUAUCCGAUUUUAUCAGUAAUGAAUAUACUAAAUUCUAAGAUCGUGUAAUGAAAUGUCGGGAAUAGGUCUGAUUCUUCUGUAUUA